CAACGGAGGAGCAGGAUGGAAAAGAAGCCGCUGCCUCGCCGCCGCUGUGCAGACAGGAAAAAAAAAAAAGAGCUGGACGAACCGCUCCUCUGCAUCAGAUUCAACCCGUCCCCUCCCCUGGUUCUUCCCAGCAUGGCAGACGGUCGGCAGCCAGAGGAGCACUGGAGCGAGAACGGCCAGGAGAACGGCCAGAACGGCUACUCCACCUACGGCUCGGCCUACCGGGAGAACGGGUACCACGGCGGGGCGGCCGCGCACCCCGGAACGACGGCAGUGGAUGACUCAGCCAAUUUGCCUCCCUCCCCUCCCCCCUCUCCAUCCGCUGAGCAGAUUGGGCCCGUGGCACAAGACAAAAUAGAGUUUGAGGAGGAGGAGAUUCCAGAGGACCGAGUGGCUCAUGAGCAGCCAGGAGAGUUGCUCUUAGAGCAGUCAGAUUAUCUAACAGAGCCCCAGGCUUUGGGCUGCCAGCAGGCCCAGACACCUGAGGCCCACAAUGGAGGAAGUCAUCAGUCACAAAGAGGAAUGGAGCACCAUCAGCCCCUGAGCGUGGCCCACCAGUCCAGGGAGAGGACCACCGAGAGAGCGUACCGCAGCCCGGAGAAGAGGUCGUCCCUCCCCAGGCCGGCGAAAUCUCUGACCCGCCACAUCCCCGCCGCCGAGCAGGAAGACGCUACCCCUUCCAGGCCAUCCUCCAUCCGAACCGAAUCUAGAGGGGACAGCAGGUCUGGGAGAGCCCCUAGUAUGGCAGGUACAGACUCGGCUCGCUCGCGGUCGGUUCGCAGCGGCGCCUCCACCCCGGGCUCGUCCGCCGUCACCCCCGGCACGCCCCCGAGCUACUCCUGCCGCACCCCCGGCUCGCGCACGCCGGGCAGCCACACGCCCAAGUCCUUCAGCGUCCUGCAGGAGAAGAAGGUGGCCGUCAUCCGGACCCCGCCCAAGUCGCCGUCCUCCGCCCAGAGGCAGCUGAAGGUGCUCAAUCAGCCUCUGCCCGACCUGAAGAAUGUAAAGUCCAAGAUCAACUCCACCACCAACCUGAAGCACCAGCCCAAAGGCGGACAGGUUCAAAUUUUAAGCGAGAAGCUGGACUUCAGUCAUGUUCAGUCAAAGUGCGGCUCCAAGGAUAAUCUGAAGCACACGCCCAAAGGAGGCAAUGUCAUGAUCCCGAGCGUUAAGCUGGAUUUCAGCCACGUCCAGGCUAAAUGUGGCUCCCUGGAUAAAAUCCAGCACAUGGCAGGCGGCGGGAACGUUCAAAUUCAGACCAAGAAAAUCGACUUGAGUCACGUGACGGCCAAAUGUGGCUCCAUGUCCAACAUCCGCCACAGACCAGGGGGAGGUCACGUGCGCAUCGAGAAUGUGAAGCUGGACUUUAAAGACAAGGCUCAAGCCAAGAUCGGCUCCCUGGACAAUGCCAGCCACACCCCCGGUGGAGGCAACAUCAUGAUCGAGAGCCACAAGCUGACCUUCAGGGAAUCGGCCAAAGCCCGGGUGGACCACGGGGCGGAGAUCGUCAUCACCCACUCCCCCGGGGUGGAGACGGGCGGCACGUCCCCCCGCCUGUCCUCCGCCGGCAGCAUCAACAUGCUGGAGUCGCCCCAGCUCUCCACGCUGGCCCAGGACGUCACCGCCGCGCUGGCCAAGCAGGGUUUAUGAGCUGUGAGAAACCCCCCACCCCACCCACCCACCACCCCCAAAACACACACACACACACACACACACACACAGUUCACACACUCUCCUCCCCAACAGGCUGUAGUUGAUCGACCGUCUUCGUCCAUCAGCAGUCCUUUAAAAAAAAAAAAACUGAAUUCUUCACAAAUCACU